AUGGCGAGCGGCCAUGGCGGCAAAAGAGCUCUUGAAUUACAAGAGCCAUCACCGCCCCAGGCAAAACGAUCGCGAUGGAGUUCAUCUAGCCUCGACGAUGGCUUCCGACACGAAGAUUAUACUGUGGGCUGGAUCUGCGCUCUUCCGAUAGAACUUGCGGCCGCUAAAUCUAUGCUUGACCGACUUCACAAGCCUUUGUCUCCCUUGUCGGGCGACAGCAAUACCUAUACUCUAGGCAAUAUCGGCCUUCACAAUAUCGUACUGGCCUGUCUGCCUUUGACCCAUUACGGUACAAACAAUGCCGCAAUAGUUGCCGCUAACAUGCGUCGAAGUUACCCAGCCAUUGACAAGAGAUUGAUGGUCGGUAUCGGGGGAGGGCUUCCUACCCCCUCUAGAGAUGUCCGACUCGGUGAUAUUGUUGUCGGCACUGAAGUGAUUCAGUUCGACUUCGGCAAGCAAUUGUCCCUUAACAAAUUUAAGAUAACAGCCACCCCUACUCGGCCUCCUCAGCUACUGCUCACAGCUACAUCGAAUCUUAAGGCUACUCAUGAGGCGAGAGCGACUCGGGUUCCCUCCCUUCUAUCAGAUAUGAUCCAGCGCCAUCCCGGCAUGUGUACUUACGCGCGACCUAACGACCCCGACUAUUUGUUCCUUAGCACAUAUAUACACGGUUCUCAGGACAGUUGUGAUCAUUGUGACCCUUCACAAACAAAAAACCGAGGUCCAAGGAUUAAUCCGGCUCCGCUCAUCCAUUACGGGACAGUUGGAUCGUCAAAUACGGUCGUAAAAGACAGCCAGACAAGGGACAAGUUAGCCGAGGAACUAGGCAUCAUUUGCGUGGAGAUGGAAGCGGCAGGGCUGAUGGAUGGGUUUCCUUGCCUUGUCAUUCGUGGCAUUUGUGACUACGCUGAUUCGCACAAAUCCAAAAAUUGGCAACGCUACUCAGCUGCAACAGCCGCUGCAUAUGCCAAGGAACUUCUGUUGGAGGUUCCUGGAAACCAGAUUUGCAAAUCACCUAGCGGAGCUUAUUUUACCAGUGACGGUUUGUGUAUUCCAGAAAGGAAAGCGAUACACAUACUAACAUAACCUUCAGUGUCUAUGUCUUUACACGAAUGUCGCAAUGUUCUACUCAAUUCAUUGGAUUUUCCGCAGAUCGAAUCAAGACAUACAGGCAUUAAAUCUGCGUACGAAAAGACCUGUCUAUGGUUUCAUUACAACUCAAACUACCAUUCCUGGGUUGACUCAAACCAGCUACCACAACAUCACGGUUUUCUUUGGAUUAUUGGGAAGCCUGGGGCUGGCAAAUCAACCUUGAUGAAGUAUGCAUAUAAUUAUGCUACUGAGUCCUCCAGAAAUGUUGGUGGCAGUUCAAAUGUCGCCUUUUUCUUCAAUGCUAGAGGUGAAGUUCUGGAAAAAUCAAUUAUUGGCAUGUACCGAUCCCUGCUGUUCCAGACAUUCCAACAUUUUCCAGAUCUUACGCAUGUUCUCGACAAAUUCACCUCAAAGCUUCACAGGUACAAUGGCGUCUUUGAGUGGACUGUUGAGACACUUCAGAAAAUUAUGUCUGAGGUUGUAGGUGCGCUUAAUACGCAGAGCUUGACUCUCUUUAUUGAUGCACUUGAUGAAUGCGACGCCGAAGAAAUCCGUGAUAUGGUUGAAUAUUUUGAGGAGCUUGGCAGCAAUGCAUUUCGAAACAGUGUGAAACUGCAUAUUUGCUUUUCUAGCCGACCCUACCCUCAUGUAGACAUCCAAAACCGCAUCCGGUUCACGCUGGAGGAACAAACCGAACAUAGCGAGGACCUGGCCAAGUACGUCCGCGGCAAACUACGGGCUGGCAACAGCAAAUUAGCAACAUGGGUAUAUGAAGAGAUCCUACGCAAGUCUGCUGGCAUCUUCAUGUGGGUAGUCCUUGCUGUUGACAUCCUCAAUGGCGUCUUUCGUAACGGCCAGCUGUUACAAGUCAAGAGGCGCCUCCAGGAACUACCACCUAAGCUUGGCGACUUAUUCAGGGACAUUCUUUGCAGAGAUGGAGAAAACAUGGAGGACAUGCUCCUGUGCAUCCAAUGGGUUGCAUUCGCGAAGCGACCUCUAACAUGUGCGGAGUAUUAUUUCGCGCUCGCUACAGGUCUUCUCCCGGCUGGUACAGCCUUGGAUGAGUGGGACAGCGAGAUUAUCACGCCCGAAGUCAUGAAGCGCUACGUUCUGAGUUCAUCCAAAGGACUUGCUGAAGUCACGACGUAUCGAAAGACCCAGACCGUAAAUUUUAUUCACGAAUCUGUCCGAGACUUUCUGAUCAAGGAUAAUGGGAUUCAGUCGCUAUGGCCUCACCUGGCCGAUAACUUCGAGAUCUACAGCCACGAGCGUUUACGGCAAUGUUGUCACGCAUAUCUAGCCCAUGACAAAUCUAUCCCGGAGGAUUUGCCAUGUACGACCUCUUCCAAAAUGAAAAUAUUACGUCAACAGUUUUUGGAUAGAUUCCCCUUUCUCGGAUAUGCCUCUGAUUACCUUUUUCAUCAUUCGGAACAUGCCGCAACCUUGGUUCCUCAAUCAACUUUUUUGAGAGAACUCAACAUCCGAUCUUGGGCUGCUCAAUUUAACCUAUUUCGAGCGACAGGAGAUCGUCGCGUGAACCCUUCCACAAACCUCAUGAGCAUUUUUGCACGGCUGGGCUGCCCAAAGCUUGCCAAACUCAUUUUGGCAUGGGACUCUGGACACUCCGCAUUCUGCCUCUCUUCAGAUCGUAGUACAUAUCCUGUGUUUACUGCGAUUGAAGAGGACAACAUCGGUGUCGUUAAGAUAUGUCUUGAUGAGGAAGCAAAAGCUCCCUUCCAGGAAAUUAUCAAACUCAAAAGGGAGUUCAUCUCACGGGGAUGCUACAGCAGGUUUGGCACGCCGCUCCAUUGGGCUGUAAGCAUAGGCAAUAUGACUUUAUUUCGACACAUUUUGGCUCUGGCAGGUCCCGACUGUGGAUCACGGAAUAUUAAGUCCCUCACGCCUCUGUCUAUUGCGGCUAGAGAUGGUCGUGGGGAUAUUCUGCAGCUACUUCUUCAGCAGCCUAGUGUUCUCAUUGACCAUGAAGAUAUCAAUGGGCGGACUGCAUUAUGGCAUGCGUGUAGAAAUGGUCAUAAGGACGUGGUCGAGCUCUUACUUGCGACAGGAGAGGCAGGUAUAAACAAGGAAGACUCAGAAGGACGAACCCCCUUAUCGAAGGCGGUUGAAAAUGGACACUUGGCCGUAGUCAGCCAACUACUCGCCACAGGAAAGGCCAGACCGGACACUCGAUGCAAUGAUGGACGCACGCCGCUAUCUUAUGCAGCCAUCAGCGGAGAUAUCCAGAUUGUGAAGCAACUGCUGACAAUCAAAGGUCUUGAUCUUGAAUCUACCGAUAUAUGGAGAGAGACCCCACUCCACUAUGCUUCUAUCAACGGGCAUGCAGCAAUAGUCUCUUCCUUGCUGACAACGAAGAAGGUGAACCCUAACCGAAAAGGCGAACUCGAACGCUCUCCACUUUCCCAUGCAGCAGAGGGCGGUCAUACUGAGGUUGUGCGCCUCUUAUUAUCUUUGGGAAAUGUCAAUCCUGACUUCGCGGACUCGAUGGGAAGAACACCACUGUCGUACGCUGCUCAAAUGGGUCACAUUGACAUUGUACAGCUAUUGCUUACGAGACGGGAAGUGAACAUCAAUUCAAGAGAAAUCAUUGGGAAGACACCACUGCACCUCGCGGUUGAUGGGGGCCAUUGCGAUGUUGUUCGUAUGUUGUUUUCGAGAGAAGAUCUCGAACCUGACUGUAAGGAUAUUUGGCAUGCGUCCCCGUUACAACUCGCCGUCUUAAGUUGCAAUUGGGAGGUGACAAAAAUACUGCUCGAAACAGGCAGGCUAGAUGGCGACGUGCGGCACCCACACACGGGCGAAUCGAUCAUUCCAUAUAUCAGACGUCCCCAGAUGGUGCAGAAAUUCUUCAAAUAUUGCAACGAUGAAACUAGAGAGCUACUAGUAAGGGCAUUCAGUGCAAGAUAGCUUUUGGUCAUCAAGUAUGAAAAACAAAUUCAAUCAGCCAGCCAGCCAAUCUACUUUUGCGAAAAGAGAAGUACCUAAUUAGCUGUAAAUGGUGUGUUACAUUGGCGGCUCACCUUACACGUACUCAUGCAGCAUGUAGGCCACUUCUUCGGCCGCAGCUCUAGAAGUGCAUUUCUGUUGGCGGUGAAUUUAAAAAACGAUUGGCUGUAGCAAGACCAGUGACGUCGUAUCAGGUAUGCCGAGAACAGCCAGGCUUCCGUCGUUCUAAGCACCCCCUCUCACUCAACGCCUACGUCAAAACGUGCUGCUUCAUUAGCAGCUCAGCUAUCAGAGUUUCCUUUGAGCUGGACCUAGGAGGACUGUCUCUAGGUGUUAAUAUGGCGGCAGAAGCGGCCAAGCCUCGUGUCCUAUGCCUCGAUGGCGGAGGUAUACGCGGUCUGUCCGAGAUCCUCAUUCUCAAGGAAAUCAUGCUCCAAGUUCGGAUCAAUAACGGUCUCGAUUACACACCAGAGCCCUACCAAUGUUUCGACUUCAUCUGUGGAACGAGCACCGGUGGACUGGUUGCAGUGCUGCUCGGACGGCUUGGGAAAACCUUGGACGAGUGCGAGGAACUCUUUAGGAAGCUUGGAUCCGAGAUUUUCGAGUCGAGUUCGCUCUUGAAGAGUUCUCGCCUAGUGCUGAAAGGUUCAAAACAUAUAGGUGAAUGUCUCUCAGAGGCCAUCCGAGCCCAAGCCGGCCACGGCCUCAUGUAUGACGAAGAUUGCCUCUCCACUGGCCACGUGCCUGUAAGUUUAGAGUUCCCAUAUUCAUGUUCUAGCAGCAGCUUAUGUGAAACAAUUAGGUAGCGGUUGUCGCCGUUUCCAAGACUACGACAAACGAUUAUCUGUUUCGAACAUAUGGGGUCCGAGCUAACACCGAAGCCUGUCUUAUCGUCGACGCAUGUAGAGCCACGUCGGCCGCUACGACAUUCUUCCCAUCGAUUAUGAUAAACGGCGUUGAAUAUGUGGACGGGGCGUUUGGGAAGAAUAAUCCUAGUGGUGCUGCGCUCUCAGAACUGGAGACUUCGGAAUGGAUCUCCCCAAUGAAGGAUGCUGUCAAUGGGGUAUCAUGUUUUGUGAGCGUUGGUACAGGCCGCCCUACCAUUAAGCUUAGAAAUUCAAGCUUGGCGUCUAGCUUCGUACCCGGAGCCUCAAAGAUAAUAGAAGCAGCAAAGAGUUGCAUGAAAAUUGCUACGGACUGUCACAAAGUACACCUAGAGGUUGCAACCAGGUACGUGGAUGGUAUGCUCUAGUUGACGAAGCUAACAAUAGAACAGAUUUACAAAGGCAGGGGCAAAGGAGCUUUACUACCGGUUCGAUGUUGACCGGGGACUAGAGUCAGUUGGCCUAGACGAGAGUAACAAAGAAGCCUUGCAGCAUAUUUCGGCUGUCACCAAGGCUUAUCUCAGGGAACGUUCAACCGAAAUAGAGAAAUGUGCGAGGUUGCUUGUACCAAUGAGCAGUAUGUGAUUAGAUCAACGCCAAUGUGUCACAAUGUAUAGACUCUAACUCGCUGAGAAAGGGGUGCAAAGGUUACAAGUCACAAUCUGCUCCGGCCUCCCCGAGAAAUCUCCUUAUUUUUACGGCCGAGGUGAAGAGCUUGCGCGGGUGAGAGAUGUGCUUGAACCAUCUAAAACAGGCCGCAAGGCUGCUCUACUCUACGGGAUUGGCGGUUGCGGCAAGACUCAGCUUGUUCUCCAACACAUCGAACAACAUAAAACAGACUACACUGCGAUCAUAUGGAUAAAUGCAUCAAAUAAGGAGACUGCUGUUCAGUCUCUUGAAGAGGCUUCUUUCAUGAUUGCAACCCAGUGGCCAGUUGAUCGUCCGCUACCCAGUAACGACCGUUCUAAUACCCUCUCCCAUAUACGAUCGAGACUCCAACAUACGCGACAUCAGAAAUGGCUCUUGGUUCUCGACAGCCUCGAUGAACCGGAUCACCAAUUCGCCGAGUAUAUUCCCUGUUGUAACUUUGGGUCUGUCAUCGUUACUAGUACAGCAUUUCGAAGUUUUUCUGGGUUUAGGCCUAAGAAGCCCAUUGAGGUUGAAGGCCUAGACACAAUGAGUUCACUAUCCCUCUUAAACACGACAUCCAAACAAACCAGUUCAAGCGAAGAAGGUAAGCCAACAUUAUUUCAGGGUAUCUUAAUUGGCGAUACUAAUUUUUCUAUUAGAUAAAAUGGCUGCGAAGGCCAUUACAAAGGAGCUAAGUGGCAUUCCACUAGCUCUCGAGCAAGCCGGCGGCUUAAUAUCAAACGGAGAAUUCACAUUUUCUCAAUUCCUUACUUCCUAUAAAACAAAUUAUAGAAAUCUCAUGUCCAUAAGACCAGAAACAGAUAUGUGGGCAUACGAUAAAAGCCGAGUUAUCAUAACAGUUAUUGAUAUGGUGAUCAAGUCCCUUGGGCCCGACAUCAAAUACAUUUCAUUGCUUACAAUGAUCGCUAUUCUUGGGUCCUGGCAGGUUCCAAUAUCUCUCAUUGAAUGCUUCUCUUUUCGCCAGCCUAUAGAUGAGGGAGACAGCUUUGUGUCGGAUGAGAUGGAGAGCUUGCACAAUUUGCUUCGAGAUCAUGGGUUCCUUCGACUUGCACUUCGCCACCUCGCAAGUUUCUCUUUGGUCCAUAUAAAAGAGGAGAAUGGUCAGCUCAAAAGCUUGUUUCUUCAUCGAAUUAUAUGCCAAUGGCUUCUUGAGACAGGAAUGGUUCGUUGGAAGCAAGACUGCAUCGUGUUCGUCUCCUAUAACUUGGCGGGAAAGAUAUGCGAGGCACUUGAGAUGUUGCCCUUGGCUGGAACACCCAAGAGAAUCCUCCUUGAAGGGCCGAUUGUCGACCGAAAAUACCUGGCACCAUUCAAAUUUACCCUGUCUCUGAUAGAGCUCUACGUACCUGAUAUCACAUUGAACCCGGAUUACGGCUUGAUGCAAUGUCUUUACUCUACUAUUGUUCAUCAUGCUGCUUGGGUUUACAACUCUGAAGGAGACCCAGAAAAGGGCCGAGCGUAUUUCGAAAUGGCCCUUGAGAUGCAGAUCUUCAAUCCUUGCUUGAUGGGUGAUGAACAGAAAUCUAGAAGUGUAUCACUUCUUCAUUUGACAGGCCUAGGGCAAGCAUCGUAUAAGAUGGGAGAUUUGACAACAGCAUCGGAGGCUCUCAAUUCUGCGCUUGACUUGUCCAAAAGCCUACUCGGAGACAAUGAUGAAAACACAUUGAGCAUAGCCGGACGUCUUAGGAGCAUAAAUGAGAGGCAAAAGCUCUUAGAAAGACAUCAAAGUAAGGCUCUUGUCGCUUCCACGACUGCCACCGGAAGAUGGGGCGACGGGAAGGUUACUCCCUCACUAUCUCAUCCCCAUCCGCAAAAAGGCGGCGCAUACCCAUCCUAUGAAGAUCUCUCUACUUCAGACAUGGAGUAUGAAGAACUCGCUACUUCGGGCGUGGAGUGUGUAGAUUUCGAUGCUUCAAUCAUGAAAGAUGUAGAGAGUGUCCAUCCAUUGAUCACAGCAGCCGCUGAGGACGAUGAAUCGAUGGUAUAUUUAUUAUUGAACGAGCCCACUUUCAACAUGGAUUCAAUGGCUCCUACUGUGAGGAUGGCUUUACAGCAAGCGGCGAUUUCCGAUAACCAAAAGACGGUUGAUAUCAUCCUUCAGUCAGACAUGUUCAGCGUGAGCGAACGGGAUGUGGAAUGGCUGACACCGCUCUGUGUGGUGUAUUCAAUGCUUUCUACUAGAAGCUUGACCGAGCUUCUCGACACACUUAUAAAAAUUCGACAAAAUGGGCAUACUGACCCGAUUCCGUUGUUCGCUCUCCGUGAGAAAUAUCCAAUCUUUAUCCAAAUGCUACUCGAGAGGCACUCCCAUGGCAGGGUCAUACCACCUAAGGCAUUUUCUAUGGAACAGGAGCAUCAAGCUGCUGUGAAUAUCUUACUUAGAAAUAGUCCUGAUACGAAACUCAUGGGUCAAUUAGGAGUUCUUCCUCUUGUAUUCGCCGCUGAAGAGGCACACGAGGGUGUUGUGCAUCUACUGCUUGAUAAGGGUGCUUGCCCUGAAAUAAAGGAUGAACAUGGCUAUUCACCUCUUGCACUUGCUGCAAUGAACGGCCACACGGCUGUGACUAAGUUAUUGCUUGAUAACGGGGCAGAUAUUGAAGUCAAAGAUAACAAUGGCUGUUCGCCUCUUGCCCUUGCUGCAAGGAACGGCCACAAGGCCGUUAUUCAGUUAUUGCUUGAUAAUCAAGCAGAUAUUGAAGUAAAGGAUCAAGAUAACCGUUCACCUCUUGCCCUUGCUGCAAGGAAUGGUCACAUGGCUGCCAUUAAGCUAUUGCUUGAUAAUAAGGCAGACAUUGAAGUAAGAGAUCAAGAUGGCCGUUCUCCUCUUGCCCUUGCCGUAACCUAUGCUUACGGGGCUGUUAUGAAACGAUUGCUUAAUGAUAAAGCAAGCAGUAAAGCACGGGAUCAAGAUGGCUAUUUGCCCUUUACGCUUGCUGUAAUGAAUGGCCAUAAGGCUAUUAUCAAGCUAUUGCUUGAUAAUAAGGCAGAUGUUGCAAGUAAAGAUUUCUAUGGUUAUUCACCUCUUAUGGUUGCUAUAGAGCAGGGCUACAUACCUAUUAUUGAGCUGUUGCUUGAUAAUAAUGCUGAUAUUGAAUCAAAGGAUAACCAUGGCCGUUCACUUCUUAUGGUUGCUAUAGAGAAGGGUCGCCGUAUAGCUAUUAUUAAGCUAUUGCUUGAUUAUAAUGCUAAUAUUGAAUCAAAGGAUAA